AUGAGGGGCCAAAAGCCUGGACUGAUCGUGUGCUCUGUUGGAGGAGGAGGACUUCUAGCGGGCUUGAUUCUUGGUCUUGAGCGAAAUGGCUGGGAAGAUGUUCCAAUUCUGGCAAUGGAAACGCACGGAGCCGACUGUCUUAACAAAUCAUUGGCCUGUGGCGAGCUCGUCACUUUAGACGGGAUCAACUCAAUUGCCAAGAGUCUCGGCGCUCGUGCCACUACACAACAAAUCCUUGACUUGGCUCGAAAUUACAAAGGAAAAGUUUAUUACAAAACCUGCCACGAUACAGAAGUCAUUCAAGUCAUUGAAAAGUUCCUUGGAGAUCAUCGAUUUUUUGUCGAGCCUGCUUGUGCCGCAACACUCGUGAGUUGCUAUCUGAAGGAAUACUUGAAAGACAUCCCAAUCGGAGAUGGUCCACUCGUGCUUGAAAUCUGCGGUGGAUCUGCUGUUUCUGUGCAAAUGCUCGAGACGUGGAAAAAGACUGCCUUUUCUUGA